AUGGUCAACAUUACGGAAAAGAUCAAGGAGAUCGAGGAUGAGAUGAAGAGGACGCAGAAGAACAAGGCUACUGAGUAUCAUCUGGGACUUCUCAAAGGCAAGCUUGCUCGACUCCGUGCUCAACUACUCGAACCUGGACCCGGCGCCGGGGCAGCUGCAGGGACUGGCUUCGAUGUAUCGAAAUCUGGUGACGCUCGGAUAGCGCUGGUCGGGUUUCCGUCAGUCGGCAAGUCGACAUUCUUAUCAAAAGUGACCAAGACGAAAUCUGAAGUCGCCGCAUACUCUUUCACGACUUUGACCGCCAUACCUGGAGUGCUGGAGUAUGGCGGUGCAGAAAUUCAGGUCCUCGAUCUACCUGGUAUCAUCGAAGGUGCUGCUGAAGGCAAAGGUCGAGGUCGCCAAGUCAUCUCGGCCGCAAAGACAAGCGACAUGAUUUUGAUGAUUCUGGACGCUACGAAAAGAGCCGAGCAGCGUGCUCUUCUCGAGGCUGAACUAGAGGCUGUCGGGAUUCGGCUGAACCAAGAUCCGCCAAAUAUCUACCUCAAGCAGAAGAAAGCUGGUGGUAUGAAGAUCACGUUCUCCUCGCCACCUAAGAGCCUGGACGAGAAGAUGUUGUACAACAUUCUUCGUGACUAUCGAAUACUGAACUGUGAGGUGUUGGUGAGAGACGAGAAUGCGACCAUCGACCAAUUCAUCGACGUGAUCAUGAAGGAUCACCGAACAUACAUCAAAUGCCUCUACGUAUACAACAAAGUCGACUCUAUCUCGCUCGAGCAUCUGAAUAGCCUGGCGCAUGAAGACAACACAGCAGUGAUGUCUUGCGAGCUGGAUCUCGGAAUCACAGACGUGGUCGAUCGAUGUUGGGACGAGCUGCGCCUGAUCAGAGUCUACACCAAACGUAAAGGCAUCGAUCCAGACUUCAGCGAGGCUCUGAUUGUGCGGCACAACAGCUCGAUUGAGGACGUGUGCGAUCACAUUCAUCGCACACUCAAGGACAGCUUCAAGUAUGCACUCGUGUGGGGUGCGAGUGCAAGGCAUGUGCCGCAGAGGGUUGGAUUAAGUCAUGUUGUAUCGGAUGAGGACGUUGUCAGUAUCGUGGGCACCAAGAGCGGCUUAUCUACAAAAUAA